UAGCCAUAUUUUAUUCCACUAUUAUUUUUAAAGAACAUUCAAUACUAAAUAACAAUGACUGAUUUAUGUCCGGUUUAUGCUCCAUUUUUUGGUUCAAUUGGCUGUGCCUGUGCCAUUGUCUUCACAUGCUUUGGUGCUGCUUAUGGUACUGCUAAAUCUGGUGUAGGUAUCUGUGCCACCUCUGUUUUAAGACCAGAUUUAAUUGUUAAAAAUAUUGUUCCUGUUAUUAUGGCAGGUAUUAUUGCCAUUUAUGGUUUGGUUGUUUCGGUUUUAGUUUCCUAUUCUCUAAAACAACAACAAGCAUUAUACACAGGUUUUGUACAAUUAGGUGCAGGCUUAUCUGUUGGUUUAUCUGGUUUAGCUGCCGGUUUUGCAAUUGGUAUUGUCGGUGAUGCAGGUGUAAGAGGUACUGCUCAACAACCAAGAUUAUUUGUUGGUAUGAUGUUGAUUCUUAUUUUUGCUGAAGUUUUAGGUCUUUAUGGUUUAAUUGUUGCCUUAUUAUUAAACUCGAGAGCUACUCAAGAUGUAACUUGUUAAUUAAUUUGAUUAUUUAAUUAUUAAUGAUUAUAAUUGUUUUAAUUAUUUAAAAAGAAAUGAAUAAAAU